AUGACCACCACCAGCAUGGACGUCGAGAAAGAGGGCAGUCCCUCACCGGCGGCGCCCUCGCCCGAGAAGGACGAAGAGUACCCGCUGUCCCUGCCGCAGGUGCUUUCGAUCAUCUUCCCCGUCACGCUGGCAUACUUCCUUCUCAUGCUAGAUACCUCGAUUGUGUCGACAGCGGUGCCGGAGAUCACCUCGCAGUUUAACUCGCUGCUGGACGUGGGCUGGUAUGGCAGCGCCUACCAGCUGGGCUACUCGGCCGUGCAGCCGCUUACCGGCCGGCUUUACACCUACUUCAACACGAAGUGGGUGUUUCUGACUUUCUUCGGCAUCUUCGAGCUGGGGUCCGCGUUAUGUGGCGCGGCGCAGUCGUCCACGAUGCUGAUCGUGGGCCGGGCCGUGGCGGGCCUGGGAGCGUCGGGGCUGAUGAACGGGGCGUUGACGAUUCUGUCGGCCUGCGUGCCGCCGCACCGGCAGCCGCUGGUGAUGGGGUUGAAUAUCUCCUUCGGUCAGCUAGGCGUCGCCUGCGGGCCGCUCGUGGGCGGCGCAUUCACCGAGAAGGUCUCCUGGCGCUGGUGUUUCUACAUCAAUCUCCCCGUCGGCGGCGCAGUCGCCAUUCUGCUCUUCUUCCUCCGGAUCCCCGGGGCAGGAAACAAGCCUCCUCCGCGGGAGGUCCUCCGCACGGCCGUGCGGUCACUCGACCUGAUGGGGUUCUGCCUCAUCGCGCCGUCCGUGGUGAUGCUCAUGCUGGCCUUGGAAUGGGGCGGCAACCAGUACGCGUGGGACAGCUCGCGGGUGAUCGGGCUGUUCGUCGGGUCGGGGGUGGUGUUCAUCGUCUUCCUGGCGUGGGAAUACACCCGCGGCGAGGAGGCCAUGAUCCCGCUGCCGCUUCUGCGCACGCGCAUCAUCUGGUCCGCCGCCGGGACGAUGUUCUUUGUCUGCGGCGUGCUGUUCACCGUUAAUUAUUAUCUGCCGCUGUAUUUCCAGGUGGUGAAGGACGACUCGGCCCUGAUGAGCGGGGUGCAUCUCCUGCCGACUAUCAUCGCGCAGGUCGUGCUGGCGCUGACCGCGGGGGCUCUGGUACAACGCUUCGGCUUCUACCUCCCAUCCAUCGUCAUCGGGACGUGUCUCGCGACAGCCGCCUACGGGCUCUUCUCGACGUUCAGCCCCUCGACCGCCGUGCGCGACUGGAUCGGAUACCAGAUCCUCUUCGGCGCCGGCUGCGGCAUGACCAGCAGCAUGCCCUUCAUCGCCAUCCCCCACCGCGUCCCCAAGCCUAAAAUCCCCACCGCCAUGGCCAUCGUCGUCUUCUUCCAGUUCCUGGGCGGUGCCAUCUUCCUCUCCGCCGCGGAGACCAUCUUCAGCAACACGCUGCGCGACCAGCUGGAGGACCACGUGCCGGGCGUCAACGCGGCGGUCAUCAUCGCGGCGGGGGCGCGGUCGGUCAGGAAGGUUGUGGCGGGGGCGCAGCUGGAGGAUGUGCUCAAGGCGUAUAGCACCGCUAUUGAUCGGGUUAUUGUGGGGGAAAGUGCGAGAAGGAGUACCGGGGGGAGUGGGAGUUUGAGACGGGAGGAGGAGCAGAUGAAGGAGGUAGCGGUGGAUGGGGGCGGGGGUCUUGGGAGCGAGGAGGCAGAGCAGACGGUGCCGGCGUGGCAGAAGGAGAGUGGGAGGGCGGUUAGUCGGACGACGCUGGAACAGAGGGUGGUUUCGUCUGAGAUGGUUCAGUCCGAGACGGUGUAUAUGGAGACGAAGUCGGAGACCAGGCAGCUAUGA